CUCUUACUCAUGGGUGUCAACAGGGCUCUGUCUAGGGAGCAUCGCAGUCAGAUCCUAGAGUCGGUUCCCAAAGUUCCAGCUUUUGUAUCAUUUCAUUGAUAGAUCUGCGCUCUCAGGACUCAGAGCGUGGGGCGGGUACAGGGGCGCAUCAGAUUGCCUUGGGCUUGCGAGGGCAUUUAAAGUAAAUCUCAGCCAGCCCAUGCCCUCGAUCCCCAGCUUUAAGAAGAUACCUGAGUUUACCAAACUUCAGCGGCCAGUCUUGGAGUUAUUAAUUGAUGACAGCAAAAGAUCCGACCUUUUCAAAACACUCCGACAAGCUCCGGUGGAGGCCGUGUGGAACGCUGACCAGUCUACGUCAAGCUACCCAAUAAUAGAGAAGGCACCAAUGAGUGUACUCUGGGCCCAGCUGGGUGGGUACCCAGAUAUUCCCAAGAUGCUGCAGUUAGAAAUUCAGUCGACCUUCAGAAAAUCUCUUGCUUCCAUCCAGUCACAGUCUAAGAAGAUCCGCAAAUGGCCACAAAACUGAAGACAAGCAUGUAGAAAGCAAAUUUCAAUGUUUCAGUAAAAUGCCCUUUUUUGUUUUUGUCUUUUGUGGAUAUAAAUUGCUAUGUUUGCUCU